AUGCUGGACAACACAGCACCCGAACAAACAACACAACAAAGUGAGGAAAAUGUGGUUAAAGAGAAAGUAGAUAGAAAUACAUGUGUUGAGGCAACUGUUGCAGAAAUGCAAGUGCAAGAAGAUAAUAGCAAAGCAGAAACUUCACAAACAAUCGUCCCAAUUAUUGUCAGUGACGUAGAAAUAACUCAACCGAGCACAUCCACUAUCAAGAAGCCUGCAGUUAGGACUAAAUCGUCCGAUGAUAGCCCGAGAAAAAGGAAAUUGCGAGAGAAGUUCCAAAAAUUAAAGGCGCAAAAUAAAGUAAUGCGUGAAACAAUCCGACGGCUUCGUAUGGAAAAGAAGAAGAAAGCUACAAAAGUUGAAGAAGAAAACGAAUUCGAUCAACUAAUAAAACUAGGCCUUCUUACGUGCCUGAAGGAUGAAUAAUCAAAAGGUUAUACGAAUGAAAAACUUGGAGAAGAAAUGGAGCUUAUUAAUAUUACAUUUUAUAGAUUCCUUGUUUAUAUUUUAAGUAUUUUCUGUUCUACAUUAUUGUACGGUAAUUAUUGUAGCUUGCACUUUUAUUGUCCUUUUCUUUUUUUGGGUUGU